AUGCAUAUUGAAAUGUCCCCAUCUCACUUUGCUUAUUCCUCAUAUUACUCUCCUGAUCCACAACAUUUCUCAGCCUUGACCUAUCCUGAACUCAUUCAUCUUCCCCCCGACCAGGACUACUCAGAUUAUACAAUGCCGCACCAGGAUCAGUCUACUUCUCACUCAAUGCACCCACCGACGUCGUCUUCAAUUCCAAUCGAUCCAUCACUUGGUCUCUAUCCGCCAUAUUACUCCAACUACCAACAACCUCCGCACCAUCUCCCGCACCAUCUAUCUUUGCUUCCCAACUAUUCCUCUCCAUCAUCUCAAGGCUCGGAUACUAUUGGAACUCCACCAACGGAGCAUGUCUAUCCUUCGUCAUCAAACAGUAAAAGGCCCUCCUCGUCGCUAUCAAACCAUACUAUGAGUGCCAGCAGAAAGAAAGCGCGGAAGGACGACGAAUCAGAUCAGGGUCACAGCCCAUCAGCUGAGAAAGAGGAAACCAAGGCCAAGCCUACUAGGGGGUCACGUGCAUGUACUGUUUGCAGGCGCUUGAAGAUGAAGUGCGUUGGCGCCGAGCAGGGUCCUCCGUGCAAGCGCUGCUUGUCCGGAAACCAUGAGUGUAUAUUUGAAGAAUCCAAUCGCGGGAAGCGUUCUUCGAAGAAACAUGAACUGUUGACAAGGUCGAUCCGUAGGGUUGAGCGAACCCUGGAGACUGUUUUGCGCUCGAUUGGUAACCCCAGUAUUGAAUCUGGCAUGGUUUCAAGGUCCCCUUCACCCUCGGCACAGACGACAAACACCCAAGCGUUGAUGGCUGCCUCGCCGUCGCCGCCUCCUCAGACCUCUUUCCCACCUCAGCAUCAGCAACCUUCAGGCUCGCCCAAACUGCAUUCCCUUCCCGAUAAUUCAUUGAAUCCCUUAGGAUUGCUCGCCGAAGCUAGUCUUGCCAACCGCAGAGCACAGGCGUAUCCGAGCGGCAUGGUUGCGAGGGGAUCAGAUCCCGGUGAAAACCCAAAGAUGGGCGUUGCAAGCGACAAUUACUUCAAACCUGGCCCGAUGACGAUCUUGCCGCUUCGACGACUGUAUAUUGAGCGUCAAGUACAACCCGAAAUGCUUAGUUUCGUAACAACUGCCGAAGUAGUUGCAUUAUUCGACAUUUACUUUGAUCACAUCAACAUGCAUUGUAGCCUUCUUGAUCGAAACUUCCACACUCCAGCACUGGUUUGCUCUCGCUCACCUUUCCUCCUAACGACCAUUUGUUCCAUUGCGAGCAAAUUCUACACUGAAAAACCGGAUUUACAUCCUCGACUCACUGAGCUGGCCAAAAAGCUCGCAUUCAGCGUUCCCGCGAGAGGCUACAAGUCGCUUGAAAUCGUGCAAGCAUACCUGCUUCUUUCCUUAUGGGGUUGCGGUGCUGUUGAACGGUACGAACAGGACAAGACGUGGCUUCUUUUGGGAAUGGCCAUAAGGAUGGGGACCGAUCUCAACUUACACCGAAAGACGGCUGUGAUCAGUCAAGAUACACCAGAAGGCAAAGCUCGUGACGUCGAGGUGCAUAACCGGGAACGGACUUGGAUUCUGUGCUUUUGUCUCGAUCGAAGCUUUAGCGCCCAGAUGGGAAAGCCAAAUUCGAUCAAGGAAGAUUGCAUUAUUCGCAAUGCAACCAAAUCGUGUCGCUCUCCAGUCGCAAUUCCGUCAGAUGUCUCUCUUGUAGGAUAUCUGGAAUUGCAGCGGAUCCUUUCGAGAAGCCUCGAUUUCUUGUACAGCGGCACAGAUUCCCCCUCUGGCCUGCAAAUUAAUUGUGAUUACUUGCUCAUUAUCAAGACCUUCGAGACCCAAGUUUUGGCUUGGAGACAGCAAUGGGUUACGGAGCGGUUCGCCAACGGAGGAGACGGAAGCAGAGCAACGGAGUACAAAAAGAAGAUUUCUCAAUUCUACUUCAACUAUGCGAUGCUUGUUCUGAAUUCUUUUGGCUUGCAAGACGCACUAGACCGCUCGCCCUUGAAUAUUGGACAUUUCUUCGCUCGUGUCCACUCGUCUGCAAUGGCGUGCGCCACCAUCGUCCGCGAUGAGCUUGGGCCUAGUGGCUUCAUGAAGUUCUCGCCAGAUUCGCAUUUUGUUCAGACGUCUUAUGCUGUCUUGAGUUUGUUGAAGUUGGUAAGACCCGAAUUUCAAGCUUUCCUUGAUAACGAGAGGAACACCUUGACACUGGUCAACGAAGUCGCCGAUGUACUUGACAACAUCGCGGCCAACCCUCUCCACACACCCGCCCUUUACAGUGGCUUCCUUCGCGCUCUCAUUUCUGCCAAGCUGGACAACUCUGCUUCUGCGUCCACCAACAGCGACGAAAAACAAUCUUCUCAAGUACAGCCGCAGUUCCAACAGUUGGAUCACGAUCGGGGGAACCCGAUUCGUGGUGACCUUCCUGCUUAUUCGUCGAGCUACGGGCAGGAUGCUUCACUUCUCCUGAACGAGUUCCAGUUCGACAGCGAAAUGGGUCCUGUUGCGGACAUAUCCACAUUCCCGCCAACAAUGGCUCCCAAUCCUUCGGAAGAUAUGAUGAACGGUCUUACCAUGGAAAAUAUUCUGAGUAGCGGCUUCUGGGACAGCAUGCUCGUUCCAGGGUAUAAUAGCAUGGACGGCCUCAGUGGGGGCUUCGUAUUUGGCGCCGGUGGCAGUGGUUUGAUUACCCCACGCUUCGGGGCAUCCCCUGCGCAGUCAGGCACGAACACUCCUGCCAGAGGAGGCGGGGCGGGUGCGCUGACACAAAAUAUCAUCAAUGCUGCAUUCAAUAGCAUGCAGAAUAACGUCAAAAUAGAUACAUAA